CCUGCCCGGGGGCGGGGCCUCGGGAGCGCGGGGCCUCGGGAGCGCUGGGCCUCCGGAGCGCUGGGCCUCGAGAGCCGGCUGCUGGGGACCCAAGUCCUAGAGUCCGGAGGCCGAGGAGACAUGGCCCCCACCCGCGACGAUGAGAUCCGGAAGGACGUGCAGACCUACUACGGGCAGGUGCUGAAGAAAUCAGCAGACCUCCAGACCAAUGCGUGUGUCACUGCAGCCGGGCCAGUCCCCAAGCACAUCCGGGAAGCCCUGCAGAAUGUAAAUGAGGAAGUAUCCUUGAGAUAUUAUGGCUGUGGUCUGGUCAUCCCUGAGUGUCUGGAAAACUGCUGGAUUUUGGACCUGGGGAGUGGAAGUGGCCGAGACUGCUAUGCACUUAGUCAGCUGGUUGGUGAGAAGGGACAUGUCACCGGAAUAGACAUGACAGAAGGUCAGGUAGAAGUGGCUAACAAGUACAUUGAAUAUCACAUGGAAAAAUAUGGCUUCCAGUCACCCAAUGUGACUUUUAUUCAUGGCUACAUAGAGAAGUUAGGAGAGGCUGGAAUCAAGAAUGAGAGUUAUGAUAUUGUUAUAUCCAAUUGUGUCAUUAACCUUGUACCUGAUAAACAGCAAGUGCUGCAGGAGGUAUAUCGAGUGUUAAAGCACGGUGGGGAGCUAUAUUUCAGUGACGUCUAUGCUAGCCUUGAAUUGCCAGAAGAAGUCAGGACACACAAAGUUUUAAGGGGUGAGUGCCUGGGUGGUGCUUUGUACUGGAAGGACCUUGCUAUCCUUGCCCAAAAAAUUGGGUUCUGCCCUCCACGUUUGGUCACUGCCAAUUUCAUUACAGUUCAAAACAAGGAACUAGAAAACAUGAUCGGUGACUGCCGUUUUGUUUCUGCAACAUUUCGCCUUUUCAAACUCCCUAAGACAGGACCAACCAAAAGAUGCCAAGUUAUUUACAAUGGAGGAAUCACAGGACACGAAAAAGAACUAAUAUUUGAUGCAAAUUUCACAUUUAAGAAAGAUGAAACUGCUGAAGUGGAUGAAGAAACAGCAGCUAUCCUGAAGAAUUCACGAUUUGCCCAAGAUUUUCUGAUCAGGCCAAAUGGAGAGAAGUUGCUGACAUGUGGAGGCUAUACUGCUUUUGAAGCAAAGGAUAUAAUCACAGAUCCAUUCAAGCUUGCAGAAGGGUCUGACAAUGCGAAGUCCAGAAGUCCCCCUGAAGCUGCCAGCGGCUGCCGAGGCACAGAGAAGUGCUGCUAAAACAACAGCUGACCAGAGGACAGUGGGCAGGAGGUGAAAGAAUGAGUUACACAUGUCUUAACCUGCUCUUCCCCACAGCCCAUACCACAAGAAAGAAUAAAAGGCAAAACUCCACCGUAUUUUAGAUAAAAAUUAAUGAAUUAUUUUUACAAAGUAUUAAUUAAAGGUUCACAGCAAAAUCA